ACCGGAAGAAACAAUGGCUCAGAAGGGCUAUGUAUUGAGAUCUUUGAGUGAUCGUGAUCUGUUAUUGAAGAGAAGGUGCGAGAAGUGCGGAGUUUCCUGCAAGAACGGCAACCUCCUCCCUGAGAAUGUAGACCCCCAUGCAAAUGAAGUCAUUCUUCUUCCGAACACGAAAGCCCCCUCAUCGGCACCUAAGCCACACACAGCUCCACCAGAGGUAAAAUUCAACGAAGUUAAGAGUCUACGAGACAUCCGAUGCCGAUUCCAUCCUGGCCACUACAGCUCUGCAUCGCGAGGAAAGCCAAAGCAAUGGACUUGCUGCGGACAAACCAACGGAGCAAAAGUAGCCAGCCCUUGUCGAGGCUGUAAAUGGCAUGUCCCCAAAUCAACUAGUCUAGCAGAGCUCAGAAAAAAAUUCGGAUACCGCGCAACACCUCAGUUGCCGAAUGACGGCAGAGCAGAAUCGAUUGCAGUCGCAAUCGACUGUGAGAUGGGCACCAGCGUUGAAGGAGAUUCUGAACUCAUCCGAGUCACUGUGAUUGACUACUUUACUGCAGCCAGACUGCUCGAUACCUUGGUCUAUCCCGCCGUGCCAAUGGCACAUUUCAACACAAGAUUCUCGGGCGUCACUCGCAAGGAUAUGGAAUCUGCUCGACGGGAGAAGAGGUGUAUAAUGGGGCGAGAACGCGCCCGGGCAGCUGUCUGGAAACACGUCGGGCCAGCUACUAUUGUUAUCGGUCAUGCCGCAAACAACGAUCUCGCUGCCUUGCGAUGGAUACAUAUGCAGGUCAUUGAUACGCUGUUGAUUGCGCAACAAAUUACCAACGAAACAGUGUCGCAAACUCAGGAGGACGAGGCUGCAGAGGAGAUGAGAGCUUAUGACAACGAUGAAGACGACGAAGAAAGAGAAGGAGGUCAAAAAAAGGGGAAGGGCCCUAACGAUGUUACAGAAGAUAUGAUAAACUCUCUAGUCAGGGAUAUUGGUCUGGGGGCAGACAGAGGGCCUGCACCCGCACCGAAAAAGCAUGCCAAAGGAGAGGGUCCACACACUCUCAAGACUCUCUGCCGAGUACACCUUGGCAGGGAGAUACAAUCAAAGCAGAGUCGAGGCCAUGACAGCUUUGAAGACGCUCUCGCCGCGCGAGAUCUAGCACACUUCUUUGUCUCGAGCAAACUGGCUAGAGGUGAUGUCGUUGGAAAAGCCCAGCCUAUGUCCGCUCAAGCGGUGGCUCAAAUCUGA